AGUCAUUUUAAUGUUAAAAAAAUUUAAAGUUUGUUUAAAAAAAUCGAACUGAACAAAUAAAGUGUAUUUCAAUUAUAAUUGGAGUUCAAAGUAUAAUCCAAUGGAUCUUGUUGGCCUACCCCUUCAACGCGCUUCUUCUUUCACCCAAUUUACGACUCUCUCCCCCCCUUCUGUCCUGAAGCCGACUCACAGAGCAGGUGAGCAGAUAUCCAUGGCUUUUGUGUUUAAACUUCCGGCGAAUCUCCAAGGAGGAAUCUCCCACUACAAUUUUACCGGUACGAGCAAAAGAGCUGUUAAUACUAGCAUUACCAGCAGGCAGAAUUCUUCCAUCCGAAUGUGUUCAUCAUAUUCCCAGAUCCUCAAGCAAUCGCCUCCAUCUACAUCUCAGAAGAGCGCACCUCCCAUAAUGGUAAACGGAUGUACUGGAAAAAUGGGAAGAGCAGUUCUUGAAGCUGCCAUUUCUGCAGGACUUCAGCCCGUUCCUGUGGCUUUUAGUAGCACUGAAGAUUCAGGGAAGAUAUUGGAUGUAGCUGGGAAAAAGAUUACAGUGCAUGCUCCUAUUGACAGAGAGAGCACUCUAGCAUUAAUCUUUGAGGAGCAUCCGGAUUUAAUUGUGGUGGAUUACACAGUUCCUGCAGCAGUGAAUGAUAAUGCGGAGUUGUAUUGCAAUGUUGGAGUUCCUUUUGUGAUGGGAACUACUGGUGGUGAUAGAGAUAGGUUGUAUAAGACAGUGAUGGACUCUAAUAACUACGCUGUGAUCUCCCCACAAAUGGGAAAGCAGGUUGUUGCAUUUCUUGCUGCAAUGGAAAUAAUGGCAGAGAAGUUUCCUGAUGCUUUCUCUGGCUAUAAACUUCAGGUGAUGGAGUCUCAUCAAGCAAACAAAUUGGAUCUAUCUGGCACUGCCAAGGCUAUCAUCUCCUGUUUUCAGCGAUUAGGGGUCUCCUUUGACUUAAAUCAGGUAAAACAAAUACGCGACCCCAAACUACAAACCGAAAUGGUUGGCGUCCCAGAGGAACACUUAUCUGGUCAUGCUUUCCACACAUACAAUCUAACCUCACCCGAUGGAAGUGUCUCUUUCGAAUUUCAGCAUAACGUUUGUGGAAGAUCAAUAUACGCAGAGGGCACCGUCGAUGCUGUUCUCUUCCUUGCGAAGAAGGUUAAAGCAAAAGAAAACAAGAGGAUAUAUGACAUGAUUGAUGUUCUGCGGGAGGGCAAUAUGAGAUGAAUUUCACGUAAGGUUCUACUAAGCAGGUAAGGUGCCCACUGGAGUGCCAAACUAAUACAUAGUGAUUUCUAGAGCACUUAUUAAGCUAAUCUUUUGCAUUUAGCUACAGAAGUGAAUUCAUUUUUGGCUCAAAUCUAGCCAUGGGUAGAGGCAUAUGGCAUUUUACAUUUAUUUUGUAGUAUGAAUGCGAAGGCAGAAUCGUCAUUCUAACACUGUAUUUAACCUUAUGGUUUGAAUUUGUUUCGAGUUUUAUCGCAGUUUUGAUGUUAUUUUGUAGUUUGGUUUCAAAGGAUUCGAACUCAAUUCGACUUUAAUUUGAGUUGUAAAGAUGUGUUACUUGGGGAUUUCGAC